UUGAUUUUGUGACAUUGUUAUCGAUUGAUCUUGAACAAAAGCACAAAUCUUACGUCUAGUAUAUUCUCAGGGAAAUAAAGCCACAUUAUGGCUCGAAAUGUCUUGCAAGUUUUGACAAUUGUGGCUUUAAUGUCAGCCAUAUUUUAUGUUUCUCAUAAUUUUGUGCGGUAUGUUUUAAGAGAGGAUGGAGGAUAUUCACAUUGGACAGUGUUCUCAACAUGCACCAAGUCCUGUGGAACAGGGGUGCGCUUCAGAACACGGUACUGCAACAAUCCUAAACCACGGUUUGAGGGUAAUAACUGCUCUGUUCUCGGAGAAGACAGGCAAACUUUCAUGUGUGCCAUGAACCCUUGUCCAGUUGAUGGUGCCUAUGGCCAUUGGUCAGAUUUUGGUGAAUGUUCUGUGACAUGUGGUGAAGGUGUACAGGAACGGCGACGCCAGUGUGAUAACCCAGCACCCAAAUUUGGUGGGUUGAGUUGUGAAAAGUUGGAACUUGGAUCGGAUGUUGAAUCAAGGAUGUGUAACAAGGGGGCAUGUCCAGUAAAUGGAGGUUAUGGGAAAUGGAGUGACUUUGGUGAAUGCCCAGUGACUUGUGGGGGUGGGGUGCGGGAGAGGAAUCGUCUGUGUGACAGUCCUGAACCACAGUUUGGUGGGAAAACAUGUGAAGAACAAGAUCUGGGGCCAAGUGUGGAAACAGAGGCCUGUAAUGAACAACCAUGUCCAGUUUGUUUUUCAUAG